UCAUGAAUGAGUUGUCAAACUUGAUCGGCUAAAGAAAAAAAAAGAUCGGCAUCGAGAGUCUCCAGCGAACUGGUUCUUUCAUACCGACUCCCCGGCUAGCGAUCCAUCGCUGGAGGUCUACUCGACACUUCUGCCGCGUUAGCUGUGCAAAGUUGAAGGGCCAGGACCCUGCUCUGUUUCACGCGAAGGGCAUAAACGGCCGGCUGCAAGAGCGAGACAAGGAAGAAGCAGUGCAAACGAACAGUGCAGCACCACAAAGUGCAUAAUACAAAAAAUGGAUGUUUUCAUGAUGAUUCGACGGCAAAAGACGACCAUUUUCACCGAUGCCAAAGAGACGACACUGGUUUCCGACCUUAAACGCAUGAUCGAGGGGAUCAUCAAAGUUCCUCCUCAUGACCAACAGCUCUUCAACAAAGACACGAUUAUGGAAGACGAGAAAACGCUUCAGGACUGUGGGAUCACCGUCGCAACGGCAAAGGCACAAUGCCCAGCCCAGCUCGGACUUGCAAUACGUAAGGAUGGGCUUUUCGAGCAACUCGAGCUAACACCCUACUCCUUGCCACCCGAUCUACCCGAAGUGAUGAAAAAUCAGGACACCGCCAACGGGCAGGAUCAGCUAGUCUAGUAAGGGGCUGAUCAGGCGAAGGAGGGAGGCCGGCAUAAUCAUCAUACGCAGAUUUUCUUUUCGCUUGUUUGUAUUCUAUCGUUCUCUAGGCAGCAACCCCCAAAAACGCUGGUUCGACACACUAGGAACUAUCUGCCACACCAAACAACGGUUGUAAUGGAUUAUGGUUCUGGCUCUUGCUACUAAUUCUCGAUUUAAGACCAGCACUAUUGCCCAUCCACUUCGAAGCAUUUCUUUCCUUUUUUUGGCAAAAUUGUUGAACUGAAUCCAUGAGCAUGUAGAAACAUUUACCCCGGCCCAUUUCUUCUCAAAUGCCAGAGAAGAACUGCAACAGAUAGUCCAUGAACUCGCGCGCGCGUGUGUGUGCGCCACAUCGAGCAGCGUUUCCUUUUCCUUUUCUAUCUUGGGUAGUUUUAUUCGUACGGCUUUGCAUAAUUAAGUAAUGGAGAGAAAAUAAACCUUUCAGUUUCGGGAGGAUUGUACGGAGGUACGGUAAGAA